UCAUGAACCAUAUCUUGACCAAAAGUAUCAUGUCUGCUGGAGUAAGAAAUUGAGUUUGGACCCUACUUUUUCAAUCAAAUCGCCCAUUAAAUCUCAUCACUUAGCCCCAUCAGGGCAAGUGGGGUAUCCCGAUCAUCUGACUAAGCAAUAUUUUCCAUUUUGUUUGAACGGCGUGAUCUUGAGAUUCCCACAAGAUCAACAAAACAACAACGAAUUAGGAUUAGGAACUUCGUCCACUAAAUUCGAGAAAGUAGGUGGAAUUGAGCUUGAACUCUAUUGAAAGGCCAAGCUUGUAAAGAAGAUGGCGGAUUCAAAUAAUAAAAGGAAAGAAAGGUCGGAGGGCAGUGGUGGGAAAGAUGCGAGAGAUGCGCGAGAUGGAAAUAAUAGAGGGGUAAAGAGAGCUAAGGUACGUUUUUUCUCGUUCAGUUUUUUUGGUAUUGUGUUGGGUUCUGUGUUUUGAGAAGAGUGGAUGUGGAGGAAGUGCUGGUUGGAAGUGCGCUUUUGUUCUUGGGUGAACUCGGAGAUGGAAAAUGAGACUUGAUUAAAUUUGAUGUCUUUGGAUCCGGAAUGUUGGCUUUUCAAUGCGAUCAACCUUCAGCCGUUAGGGGUUUGUUCAGCCAAGGCGGUGAUUGGAUUUCAAUCCUUAUGAUGGCUCCAAUAGGACAGAGAGCAUGGUUUCUGGUCAAAUCAUCAGUGAGAUCUUACACUCCAUGGAGAUGAGCUUGGAUUGGCUAUUGAUUUCUGAUGUUGUGUUACUGCAUUUUUCGAAUAAUUCUCGAGCUCGAAAUCUAUGCCUCAGAAUUGUUUCUGCCAGUUUCCCUGGAAGCUUUCUGACAUCUUAUGCAGGGCGGCUCAAAUGGGAAAUGGCAAACUCCACAUCAACAGACGAAAAUGGCCUCUAAAAAUGGUGGAAGGAUAGAGCCCGGCGACCAAGGGAUCUGGGCAACUUGCGUGAAGGGUAAAGAAGGAAAGGCAACGGAAGAACUGAGAAGUCUGCUUGAAGAGGUCAGUUGACACCUUUCAGCCAUAAUUAUUGCCGGUUCAUGCUAAUUUCCCACAAGUCUGCUGAGAAAUACUAUGGUAUAUCCGUGAAGUCAGGUAGCAAGAACAAUGACGAAGAAGAUGAAGUUGCUACCGAAUCAAUUGACGACAUUGAGAAAUCGAUUCAAAAAGAAGUUGCAGCGCAUAAAGACCCGACAGAAAAACUAUUCUCAGCAGUUUACCUAGACAUUCAAUGCGUGCUGUUCUUCAAAACUCGAUCACCAAUAGAUCCAGCUGAUCUAGUUCAUAGGAUGUGUGAAGAUGCAGCAUCAGGCGGGGUAAGGAAGUUGAGGUUUGUAAAUCGUCUAACUCCAAUGUCAAUCAUUGGAAAAGCCACAGAAAAAGGUAUCGAAGAAAUCGGACAGACCGUGCUAGGCGCUCAUUUUCGACUCGCUGGCGAAGCCGCAGAAUCGGAAGAAUCUGCUGCAUAUUCGGUACGUAUUCCUCUUUUGCGUAUAGUGCUGCCACGACGAUGAAGUUCUAGCCUUGGAGUUUAAUUAGGAUGUUUGAGUUCUGGAUCAAGAUUUAUUGACUCCCUUGCAGUAUGCCAUUCGACCCACGAUACGCAAUCACAGCACAUUGAAGCGGGAUACUGUGAUUAAACAGGUCGCUUCUCUGGUGAAUGAAAAUCAUAAAGUAAAUCUCACUAAGCCAGACAAAGUGAUAAUAAUCGAAAUUUACCAGGUAAUGAAAUCGGAAACCCACACAUGCAAUUAAUGGGAUACUAACUUGUGUUGGCUAGACUAUAUGUGGUAUGAGUGUCGUUGGAGAUGACUGGGAAAAGCUUAAGCGCUAUAACCUUUACGAGCUCCAGUCGCCUUCAACAAGUUCGAAAUCUGGGGGACUAGUAGAAGCCAAACCAAAACCUACGCCCGAAAGCGUAACUACAGACGAGGCUCGGGCACUACCCGACAAAUUAAACGGCAGUUAGCUGUUUUGAAUCACUAGCAUCACCUUGCAUCACAAAGCUGCACGGCAAUCCCUUUCCAAAAAAAUACAACUGCCCCUUGUGACGCCAAAUAUGAGAUAUCAAAAUCGGUUAUUUGAAUGCCUGCGCAUAUUUCACAGCAAUGGAUCCGCUCGCACACGCGCUUAGAUCAGCUUACUUUACUCAUAUCUCA